CGGUGCUUGCAGGAACUUUUUAUGGCACCGUGAUUACCCAUAAAACCGUGCGUUUAAAAUUUCUCUGCCUCUGAACCACCAAUCAAAUGCGCAGGCGUCAAGAUUGUUGACGUAUUUAGAUCGCAUGCGCGCUGUACACAAAAGGACUCAGCAGGAGCGUUCAAGGUAAGAAUGAAUCUACGGGCGGCUAUCUUAAACACCGAGUGUGGAACAAUUGCUCUGAUGCCGGACACCGUGACCCGCAAUCCCGGGACAGUCCUGCUGUCUUCCCCUUCUCUCAGCCCCACGAUCCGUACACAGGCCCUGGGAAGCUUCCGGCUGCUGAGGGAAUGGGAACCGAUGGAUCUCUCAAACAGAGCUGAGAUCCAGCUAUUUAAAUGCAAGGAUUAGGAACUCGGCGAAAGGGAACAAAAUAUUUUACAUCACCAGUUGAGAAAAUCUUCUUUGUUCUACCUCCAAUCACAAACAAGAGAAAACCUUUGGAGAGGGCACAGUUUUAAGGUGCUUGGAAGCAGGUACGAAGGAGGUGUCAGGGGUGUUGUGCUCUUUAUACGGACCGCGGGUUACUCAUAACAAACUAUAUUAGGGAAGAAUUGACCUUUUAUUUAACAGCAACAAAACCACGUUUUACACUGCCAUGCUUCUCGAUCAUUCUUCAUUUCUGCGCAUUCUCAGAACUCUGUCCAGUCACGUCCUGGCACGUGAUAUCACCACGAGGGGUGAGUUUCUUUACGCAGAGUGAUGAGUGUCUGGAAUGGGCUGCCGGCGACUGUGAUGAAGGCGGAUGCAAUCGUGUCUUUUAAGAGGCUUCUGGUACAUGGUGCGCAGAAAAAUAGAGGACUAUGGGAAACUCUAGGUAAUUUCAAAAGUUAAAAACGAGAAGGAAUUUGUCUCCACGAAUCUCAGAUACGGCACGGCAGUUUUGCUGUCUCUGUCCCGAUAUUUAAGAAGUGGAGCAAGGGAUUCAAUCGACCAUCCUUCCUGCUCAGACUGUGGGAAUGGUUUCACUCGGUUAUCUCAGUUGAAGGUACAUCAGCAAGUUCCCACUGGGCAAGGCCAUUCAUCUGUUCUGUGUGUGAGAAAGGAUUCUGUCGGGCAUCCCACCUGCGGACAGACCAGUCCGAUCACACUGGGCUGAGGCUGGUCAUCUGCUGAAUUUCAGGGAAGGGAUUCUCUCGGUCAUCUGACCAAAUGGCACACCAGCAAGUUCAUACCGGGAAGCGGCCAUUCACCUGCUCAGACUGUGGGAAGGGAUUCACACAGUCAUCCACACUACAGAUUCAUCAGCGAGUUCACACUGGGGAGAAGCCAUUCACCUGCUCAGAAUGUGGGAAGGGAUUCAGUCAAUCAUCCAACCUACAGAGUCACCGGCGAGUUCACACUGGGGAGAAGCCAUUCACCUGCUCAGACUGUGGGAAGGGAUUCACACUGUCGUCCCACCUACAGAGACACCAUCGAGUUCACACUGGGGAGAAGCCAUUCACUUGCUCGGUCUGUGGGAAGAGAUUCAGUGAGUCAUCUGACCUACUGGUACAUCAGCGAGUUCACACUGGGUAGAAGCCGUUCACGUGCUCAGUCUGUGGGAAAGGAUUCAGUCAGUCGUCCCAAUUACUGGCACACCAGUCAGUUCACAAUGGGGAGUGGCUGUUGUUAUGAAUCCCUGGGUUUUGUUUGCUGUGGACUGUCAUUUUAAGAGAGAGAACAGAUUAAGAAGGUGUAUCAGUCGGCCUUGCAGCUUGUUUACAUCGCUCACAACUUGUUUAGUUUUAACCGAGGACACAGACACUCAGAGUCAGACGGAGACGAAGGAGGAAAAAUGAAAGGAUCAAAACCAGGGAACUAAAGGCCAAGGGUCAAUCUUUGGAACUUUCCUAUGCCCACAAGUGUGGGUUAGUUAUCGAUUCAUCGUACAUCGAACGUGUGGUGGUCACCUCGUUUGAUCCAUAGGAGUGGAUCUGAUUUGGGGUAUCAUGUGAAGACCACUGAUGUGUUGACCCUUGCCUGGGUGUGGUGACGAUACCCCUUGUGACAAUUUGCUUUUGGUGAUAAUUCGUAUUUGGAUGUGGAAUGACGAUGGAUUAAAUCUACAGCGAUUAUUCUCUCGCUUUACCACCAUGGAACCUGUGGAAUUCAACAUAAUUGCCUUCUCUUGACAUUUACCCCGGAUUACAAAUAUCUCCCUCAUCACCUAUUGCGUGGAUGAACUGAGCUUUCAUACUUUACUAUCUCAAGACUCCAAGCCUUGUUUCCCCCGAGCUCAGUAGUUUGGGAGUUAUAUUUACACACAUUUAUUCAAA